GAGCUUAUCGUGAAUACACCGUUGUAUAAACCCGAAACCAUUUAUAUCAAUAAAAUUACACAAAUAGUACAAAUACAAAGAAGAAUAAAAACAUAAAAUUUCGUUCUCAUAACAACAACAACACAAAGUAAACAAACAACGAAGAUGGCAACCAGCGCUUAUGAAUUAUCGAAAACUUACCGUUAUCGCAAAGUGAUGAAACCGCUUCUGGAGCGCAAGCGUCGUGCGCGCAUCAAUCAAUGCCUGGACGAACUCAAAGAUUUGAUGGCUGAAUGUGUGCAACAACAAAGUGGCGAUGCGGAGGUAAAACUGGAGAAGGCCGACAUACUCGAAUUGACCGUUGAGCAUCUACGUAAAAUGCGUCAACACCAAAAGAAAGCCAAGCACAUAGAUGACGAUGUUCGUCAGAGCUUCCGCUCGGGUUAUAUUAAAGCGGCUCAUGAAAUAUCACGUUGUCUCGCCACUCUACCCAAUGUGGAUAUACAAUUGGGCACUCAUCUAAUGACACAAUUGGGUUUGCGUCUCAAUCAAUUGGAAUCCCAAGAGCAGCAAGUGCGCACCGCCGUCAAUCAACCGUUAAGUGUCCAUUGUGGGCCAGCGACAACAUCAUCAUCACGUGCCUCCAUGUACAGUCCGGUAUCCAGUGGUUACGCUAGUGACAGUGAAUCGACUGCCUCAAGUCAAUCGGCAGCUAGCAGCAAUGGUCUUUUGAAAGUGUCUGCGGCAAGUGUAUGGCGUCCUUGGUGAACAAAAACAAAAGCGAUGCGUUUUGCCACGAAGUAGAAAGGACAAACGACAAAAGCCUUUAGACGCGCCACUGACUGAGUUAACGAGCACACAUUAAUUAACUCUAUUCUAUUCAAUCAACGGUCUCAUAAGAUUUAAGAGAAAUUGUUUUUUAAUUUUAAAUAUUUUCCCCCAUUUAUACCGUUAUUACAAAAUUAGUUUUAUAAGAAAGUUGUGUAGUUUUGUGAACUGUGAUAGGAAAAGCUUUAGUUACAUACAAACAAUUGUACCGUAGG